UUCUGGACGUUAAAAAGAACGUCAUCUGCUUCAUACAUUUAACUUAGCUUUAGCCAACAUUAGCUUACCGGUUACGUCGUAUGGCCAAACGAGCAUGUUCCUUGUCAACCGGUAGUUCUCCUGUAUCUGGCACUGCUGUCAAAUAUGACUUCGAAAGCCCUACCCCGACGCGGACACGUACCGAGAAAGGAACUGACUGGCUAGCUUUCGUUACGUGCUAGGUGGCUAGCGGCCGCUGGACGAAAGAGGCUAAUGUUUAAAGAGCGCUAAGCCUAUCACAACAAGCCCAGCUCCUUAAACACAACCUGCCCCUGUGCCACCCAAACAAGGACGAGAAUCAGCAUCUCCUUAAACUGCAGCUGUGGGUCUCUACAGAACAGCACCAUGGGUGCCUUCCUGGACAAGCCCAAAACAGAGAAGCACAACGCCCACGGAGAAGGGAAUGGUAUUCGCUAUGGGCUAAGCUCCAUGCAGGGAUGGCGAGUGGAAAUGGAAGAUGCUCACACAGCUGCACUGGGACUGCCUGCUCCCGGUCUUAUGAACUGGUCGUUUUUUGCGGUCUACGAUGGCCAUGCGGGCUCCAAAGUUGCCAAUUACUGCUCCAAGCACCUUCUGGAACACAUAAUCAGUGCCAGUUUUGGGGCCGGAGGGCAGCAGAGCUCACUGGCUGGUUCAGAGAGCGCUACUGAUGCCCCUACAGCAGAGGAUUCCCCCACAGUGGAAGCUGUAAAAGCAGGCAUCCGGACAGGCUUCCUGAGGAUUGACGAGCACAUGCGCAGCUUCUCCGACCUACGGAAUGGCAUGGACCGAAGUGGCUCCACAGCCGUGGGUGUCCUCUUGUCACCUGACCAUUUCUUUUUCAUGAACUGCGGCGACUCUCGAGCCGUUUUGUACCGAAACUCUCAAGUGUGCUUCUCGACGCAUGACCACAAGCCUUGCAACCCACGCGAGAGGGAACGUAUCCAGAACGCCGGCGGGUCCGUCAUGAUCCAACGGGUGAAUGGGUCAUUAGCCGUCUCCCGGGCCUUGGGGGACUACGACUACAAGUGCGUAGUUGGCAGGGGCCCCACAGAGCAGCUGGUGAGUCCGGAGCCCGAGGUUUAUGCAAUGGUUCGGACCCCCGAGCAGGAUCAGUUUGUGAUCCUCGCAUGUGAUGGAAUCUGGGAUGUCAUGUCUAACGAGGAGCUGUGCGAAUUUGUCAAAUCGAGGCUUGAGGUAUCUGAUGACCUGGAGAGAGUUUGCAAUGAAGUGGUGGACACCUGCCUUCACAAAGGGAGCCGGGAUAACAUGAGUGUUGUGUUAGUGUGUUUGCCCAACACCCCCAAAGUGUCUGAGGAAGCUGUGAGGAGAGAUGCAGAGCUGAACCAAUACUUGGAGUCUCGCGUGGAAGCGAUGCUGUCCCGGCCGGCCGACGAGGGCUUUCCAGAUCUGGUGACGGUGAUGAGGAACCUGGCCACUGACAGCGGCAUGCCAGCUCUACCACCAGGGGGAGGCCUUGCCAGCAAACAAAGCGUUAUUGAAGCAGUCUACAACAGCCUAAGUCCAUACAGAGAGGAAGAAGGGGUCAGUAUCCACCGCGCUAUACAAGACUUUGUAAAUGCUACAUUUGACAAGUCUAAGUGAUGGUGUCCCAUGUGGGUGCCGACAUUGGGCCGUUGGACGGUUUGACUUUGAAGUUUGGUGUUAUGUUAGUGUGUGUGUGUGUAUGUCCAUAAAAAGCAUGUUUUUAAGUUUGGGUUUUUUUUUUUUUUUUUGGGCCUCAAGCAUUUUACUUAGAUCCCCCACUGUUGUAAUAUACAGGGAGUCCUCAAGGUCAGUUUCUACGCUCGCAACGAAUUCAGGAUUGUUACGUUGCCGUAACGUAACACAAAUUUCUGAGCGAGUCAGAUUUUGCUGCUAAACUAAAAAAUUGCGUCAAAAUUAGGUCUGUCAAACGAUUGAAUUUUUUAAUCGAGUUAAUUACAGCUUUAAAAUUAUUCGUUCAUUCAUUUUCCAUGCUGCUUUUCCUCACGAGGGUCGCGGAGGUGCUGGAGCCUAUCCCAGCUAACUUCGGGCAGUAGGCAGGGGACACCCUGAACUGGUUGAUUAAUCGUAAUUAAUCACAAUGCAAACCAUCUAUAAAAUAUGCCAUAUUUUUCUGUAAAUUAUUGUUGGAAUGAAAAGAUAAGACACAAGACGGAUAUAUACAUUAGAAAUACGGUACAUAAGUACUGUAUUUGUUUAGUAUAACAAUAAAUCAACAAAAUUGCAUUAACAUUAACAUUAUCUUAAAGCGAUCCAUGGAUAGAAAGACUUGUAGUUCUUAAAAGAUAAAUGUUAGUACAAGUUAUAGAAAUUUUAUAUUAAAACCCCUCUAAUGUUUUCGUUUUAUUAAAAUUUGUUAGAUUUUGAAUCAAAAAAAUAAACUAGUAGCUCGCCAUUGUUGAUGUCAAUAAUUAAACCAUGCUCACUCAUGGUACCUACCCAUAAAAUCAUUUGGACCCAAACUCCAGCAGAGGGCGCCAAACACCAAAAACAAGUAACAAGCGGACAUUACACUGUCUGUCAUUUUAGUCUGUUUGAGUGGGGCAUGUGCGUGAAUUGCGUCAAAUAUUUUAACGUGAUUAAUUUAAAAAAUUAAUUACCGCCCGUUAGCGCGAUAAUUUUGACAGCCCUAGUCAAAAUACAUUGCAACCUGAAGCAUAUAUGCAACCCCAUUCGUUCCAAUACUGUCCUUAUUUUUCGGUUACAUGAACCGGAAGUUGUUUGACUUUGACUGUCAGCGACGUAAGGUCUUUGUGAAAACAUAAGUGCAUUUGGCCAAGAGCAAGGCGUUUUUGCGCCACCGAUUAACUUUUGUCUGAACACAGCAUAUCUUUACUGAUGUCUCGCCUUUGUUUUUUUUUUUAUAUUAAGCUUUGUUUCCAUAGUAAUUGCUAUUCAGAAUCUAGAAGACCCAGCUUUCUUCUUUGAGGUCAUGAUGUGAAAAAAGUAGAGCAUAAAGGCAGAUAAGCACAAUGCGCUAUAGUGCUGGGAACUUCAUGCCAGACGAGGCACGCGUGUUGUAGUCAAACCGUCAUAGGUAUAGGACAUUGUAACCCGAGGACUCCCUGUAAUUCUUUUUCACUGCACCUAAGGUACCUCUUCACUACUUUAGGUGUGUAGCACAUUGCCAUUUUGGAGUUCGUUUCAAGCUCUGUGUUUACACAGAAGGUGUCACUUUUUGGACCUCAACCACAGUCUAAAUAUUCAGCGCCCCCAUUCACAACUCACCUUUUGCAAUGUAAAAGUUGUUCUAAAUGUAAUGGUCCACACCUUUACCCCCUCUGAGAAAGUUUGUGUUUGACGCUACAUGAUCACAAACACACAAAUAUGGAAAAACAAUUGUUUUUUUCAUGGUUAAAUACAGUUUACAUUAAACCCAUUGUUUCAUAUGGAUAGAUGGUGUUGAUUUCAUGGUAAAACUACAGAAUAAAAAGAUUAGUACUUCUUAAAAGAUAAAUGUUAGUAUAAGUUACAAUAAUUUGAUGUUCAAACCCCUCUUAAUGUUUUUGUAUGUAUAAAAAUUGAACAAUUAGUUUAACUAGUUGGUUGCCAUUGUUGUUGACGACGCAAUGCACUCUGGGUUAUGACAUCACUGGGCAGUGCUGCCGUACUUCCACAGUGUUGCUGGUUAGCUACAUAAACAUGUCGUUGGUUCUGCCCUUCCAAUUUGAACCUGAGCGGAAAAGCAAUGAGCAGUAAUCCACUGUCAAUAUUUCACAAAACAAGCUGCAAAAGCAACUAAAUGAAGGUCUCCAGCGGGAUUCGAACCCGCCUUUCCUGCGCAUAGAUCACAAGACUAUACUUCUGCGUGACGUUAGAGUAAUGACUUCCCUUUUAAAGCAAUUGCAACCCACAUGGGUUGUCUGUCCAUACAGCAAAACCUGAAAGGGAAACGCAUCUGAAAAAAAAAAGUGUGGCUGGCUUGACCACGGAACGAGAAAACAAGGCUCACUUUAGACAGCAAGUAGACAACAAUAGCAUAGGGAUUGCGUAAAUAGGUUUAUUGAACACACACACACACAAAAAAAACGCAAUCGUGAGAAGGGAGACACAAAAAGAUCAGGAUAAAAAAAAAAAAAAACGAGGGAAAACUGGUGAGAGGCAGACAAACAAAAAAAAAGGAAGGCAAUGAUGCAACUAGCAACGAAGGGAUAUACAAACUGUCAAAUGGCAGCAGGUCAAUAUCUCGGCAAGCCGCCUAGGAUCGGUUUAAAGACACUGCUGAUGAGCUUGAAUUGGAUGCAGGUAUGACGUUGGGAACUCAUCCCACAGAUCUGUAACAAAAACAAUCUGACCAGCAGCAGGAUGUGACAAAGUCAUGCCAGUCGUCAUACUAGCUUCGCUUGCUAGCUAGCACAGCUAUUCUCCCAGUCUAACCCGACUGCGUCAUCAGCCCCAGCAUGCAUUGCGCCCGCAAAACAUGGCACCCUCCAUAGGUCAAAACAUGAACUAACUAUUAUAGAUUUUUAAAUCAAUGGCAAUAAUAAAUGUUUCUAAUAACACAUUUUAGUCAAAGUUCAAUUGUGGCUAUUAGAGCCUACAAGUCUUUAAGUCCGAGGAUCCCUUUAAAAGGCCACAACAUUAAAUACUUCUACUCCAUUUCUUACUUUACUCUAUUAUCUGGGAUUGUUAUCAGUCAAUUCUAAUUUAAUACCUUUGUAAAUGUACAUUUUUAGACUAUUCCUCUAGCCAUAUUUUAAAAUGAGACCUCUAAAAUGCCUGUGUUUUAAUUCAAUGGACUUGUGAAAACUACCUCUAUUGACACCUCUCAGAGGUUAGUAAAUGAAAACCACAUAGGUAAUGCUUACUAGGCUCAGAAGUGCAUAGCAGAAUUUUGCCAUAUGAAUAUAGGGAAAAAAAUCACGAUUGGAACUUUUAAUUGUUUAGUAUAUUUAAAGCCAUAGUGUGUCUAAUUGUGUUCACCCUCUGAUUAAUGCAGCCCUCCUGUUUCAUUUGGUAAGUGAUCGCAUAUGUAAGUGCCCCACCCACCUUGCUUCCUCUUUUCCCUUUCUCUCUCAACUCCACGCAUACGACCUCAUACAGUCUUACAGGCAUGUCGACCGGCCACCUCCUCUUUCGACUCCCCUCUUCCCAUCCGUGUUCACUCAACACUAGCAUGCGGAGGCGCGUCUUGUGCGCCACUGCCUACAAUGGAGUGCCCCCCUUUCGCCAAAACCUGUGCGCUCAAACAUGCAUGCAUGGCCCCCGUCACGGCGGGCUGUUCUUGAACUGCACGCACGUACCCAACAACAGCAGUUUCUGUCACUUCCCGUCAACAAGACCAACGUCCUUAAACCUCCUCUGCAGGCUGAAGAGAAUUAGAAAUGUGUUGAGCCUUUGAUUUUUAUUCUGUGUUCAGGUUACUCACUGGAAAGUCUCUACAUUAUACCAAAAAAAAAAAAUCUCUUUUCCUCUUUCUAGCUCUAAUUUGACUUCUGUUUUUCACCUCCUUCUCCUCUUUUGACAUCUGUCCUCUCCCAGAGUGGCGCCGACUUGGAGUGUCACUGGUAGAAGGUCCUGAUCUUCUUGAUGGACUUAAAAACGACAAAAGAGGUCCAGGAUCAAAACUUACGUUUUUGUGCCACUGGUUUCUGUACCCUUUCCUCCACUGAGAUUUCACAAGAUAACGGUUUGAAAAUGGGAACGUAAGAGGCAUCAAGAAAGCACACUACUUUGUGCUAGCUAGCCGAAACUCUUAAGCGCCAAAGCACUACCCCUUACUUCUUGAGGACUACAGUAUUUGAGAAGUGAGGACCUCACAACACGUCGGUCAACCAUUUCUACAGCUGCUGGACUCUCCUAACCGAACUGAUGGUCUUCACUCACUUGAAACACUAAACAUUAUUUGCCUAAAAAUCCCAUAUCGAACUAUUAAAUCCCUUUUUUAAAAAAAAAAAAAAUCCACCAUGUUAAAGACAACCACAUGAUGGGACAAAAAAAUCUCCCCUUCAGCCCCAAAAGACAUCAGGCAUGUGUGUUUGAUUCGGGCGAAUCCUUUUUGCACGCGCUUUAUCAUCUCGCUACACCUCCCAGAUAUUAAUAGGACCCCACACUCUUUGUCAUUUGUGGGAUAAUUGUCGUCAAUAACGAUUCUAUUUGAGUUUUCAUUCUCUAACAAGGUUUGUGGCCUAACCUGUGCGUAUGUGAUUUGUCUUUGUGCAUACGUGCUACUCUAAUUGUUUUGUUGAACACAAAUGCACAAGGUCGUGCACAGUAUUCCAAGUUAACGUUCCAAAGAGGGUGUGCGUGACCAAAAGGAGAUGAGAUUCUCCUUUUGACACACACUUGUGAUUUUGAUUUGUAAAAUCAAAGAAAUAAAUGACUGGCAAAAAGUCAGUUUACUUGCAAAAUGUUGGUCUUGUUAUGAGAGUCCUUCCAGUUAAGGUGCCAUUACAGGUUGAAAAUGUGUUAGUUUUAUGAGAACUGGUCUUUUAAAGCAACACUUUGUAACUUUUAAGUUUUGAUCGAUUUUAGCGACUCUGGUGGACAAAAGCGGUAGUGUUUUGCCUUAAGGAAGACUACGUUUCCCAUGAGGACCAGCGCACACCAGAGCUAGGGGUGUGCCAUCUUGGGCAUUGGAUUCCAUUAUGAUUCAGGGCGCUACGAUUUGAUUAAUGAACGAUGAUCACGGUAUUGACGAUAUCGAUUAUCGAUGCAUCAUACAUUACUAAUGAAUAAAGUAGCCAAACAAAUUUAUGUCCAUUAUUUAUUUAAAAUAUCCUAAUGAUUCAAUAGGAACGAUGGAAACAUGCCCAUAUAACAAAAAGCUGCCCUUAAACUGUUGGUUUUUUUAUGUUUUUGUUUUUACAAGAAAGUGCAAAAAAAUUAACCAUUUUAAAGGCAGUACCAUAUUGGCCCGAAUAUAAGACGGCCCUGAUUAUAAGACGACCCCCUCUUUUUAAAGACUCAAGUUUGAAAAAAGACUUUUUGAACACCAAAUUAAUUUUUAUCCAGAAAAUAAUUACAGGACAUCUGAAACUAAUAAUUAUAACAAUAUAUUUAAGAGAAAAAUCAUGUUAUUUUGCCUCAUUCAAAUCGUAAUAUCUAAACAUUUAAAUAUGUAAACUAAAGUGCAAUCACAUUCGUAAAUGAAUGGCUUCUGGUUUUUGAAAUGUAAAUAAACCAAUCUAUUGUAAUAAAACAACAAAAUUGCAAUAACUGCAUUAACUAUCAAAGUAAAGUCUGACUGUAACUGUAGUCUUGAAACAAAUCUGAAUUAGGAAAAACAUUGCAAUAAAAUCAUGCAAACUGGUUAAACUUGGGAGUAGCUGAGAUCUGUCAUGACAGAACAUCACUUUAAUGAUAUCUGGCGUCAUCUAGCGUAGUGAAUGGGUAUAAUGUCUAGACCGCGAAUAUAAGAUGACCCCCACUUUUUCAGUCUUAAUUUCAAUGCAAAAAACACAGUCUUAUAUUCGGGCCAAUACGGUACUUAUUUCUCAACAUGCUUAUACAAUAAGAAGGUGCAAAAACCUUAGCUGUUUCAAAGGGAGUACUUAUUUCUCUAAAAAAAUACAAUAAAAUUUACACUGGUGGAAUGAAUUCCACAUUUUAUGGAAACAAACAAAGUGUCUUUAGAAAUAGGAAUUCUUUUAACCAAUAUACUUUGUUUUCACAUAUUUCUGUACAAUUUCACAUGUUUGUAGUGUUACCGCUGUACUUAAUCUUUGUUUUAAUCUGGAAUAAUUUAUGUACACCAGCAAACAAUGCACAAAUGGACAUGGAAAUACACAACAGCGAAUUCGCUAAUUAGCUUAGCGCUCGGCGCUAACUGUUAACAUCUCAAAAACAACAACAAUGAAGGCUAAAUUGUACAAGAGGGUUCGUGUACUCACCAUUUAUAGACACACACACACACAGGACUUGGCAAAACACUAGGGGCUUUUUCCAAUUAACACGAAUUGAACCUACUGUUGGACAACUAUAUAAGUGUAACACCAUAACCAUAACCAUAACAACUUAAAGCCAAGGAGCAAUGAACUACAGUAUCUCUUUCCAACUACUCACUCUCCCCCUAUUAGUAGGAGUAACGUUCUUACAGAAACCCACUGCCCUCUGGCGGCCGGUGGCAUUUUCUUCACAUCCAAUGUUUUGCGUGCGUCCGUUAAAGGUGUCUAGACGGCAUGCGUUUCUUGAAUUUCUUUCCGCGACGAGCGGCUGUCAUACAGUUAUUGGGGAAAAUCAUCGUUUUUGAACGUUUAGGAAUUGUAAUCGAAUUGUCACAUGUCGAAUCGCGAUGCAUCUAAUAAUCUUUUUUUUCUUUUUUUGGGAACACCCUGACUGAGCAGUGUCAUAAAAUCAUCAAUGAAUCAAAAGUCAAUCUUCCAGUCACCUGCAGAUGGCUUAAACAACAUUUCUGUUUGUGUGGAGAAUGAAGAGUAAUGACGUAAUGAAUACAGUUGUGGCUAAACAAUAGCAUUUGACGGUUAGCAACCGUUUGGCUUAGUGUGGCUAACCCCACCAGCCCACCCGAACCCGUCAGCGCAGACAAGUUCGUUUGAGGGGGAUCACAUCAGUGAGUGAAAGCCGGGCCAAUGUUUAUUAUGUAUAUCCUGGUAGCACCCCCCUCAACCCCCCAAGUAGGGUUGGGCAUCAUUUGAAUUUGAACGGCUCAGAUUCCACAUUUCGAUUCCGGUUCCAAACAGUUCUCGAUUCUGAUUCUUUUAAUAGGCAGGGUAAAAAAAAUGGCAUAGUUUACAUUAAUUUCUUAACUAACGGAGAAAAAAUACACAUAUUCUUUUGCCUAUGUUUUAGAGUGUCUUAUGCCUCAGGUAUUUUUACAUGUUACUGAGCUCCCACUAAUGGGCUAACCUAGUGCAGAAUAUCAAAAUAAACAAAAAACAACUUUUUUUUUUUUUUUUUUUUAAACCUGUCCUGUUCAGCUGUUUGACACAGAGAAUGGAAGUCUAAGUGCCCGGAUUCUGAACAGUUUUAAUGUUUCACAUUGAGAGUCUGACAUACUCCCAUUGUGAUCAUUCAAAGUACCUUUUUAUUAUGACAAAGCAGCGAACAGGAAGGGAUUAUGGGGGGACAGAAGAAAAGAAAUACAAGAGAAGAAAGAAAAGAAACACAUACACAAACAACAACAAGAAAUACAUUGAACAUCUAAACUAGUUACUAAUAUGCUGGUGCUAUUGUCAGCGAGAUGUAUUUCCGGUUUACACCAUGUGGGGGCCUAUUGGCCAGUGAAAGAGGAGAAUGGGGGUGGGGGUGUCUAUAAGACUAUAAGCUAAGUGAUUGAAAGGGGUAGAGUGUACACAAAUCAGUUCUGUGAUCUAGAACCCAGUAAUCGUGUGAAUCUCUUAUGAGUGUAAGCCCGUUGGCGACCAACCCUACGCCGCCGCAUCGCCAAUCCCGGCACCGGAACCCCCAACCCGAGCAUGCCCUACCACAUCCAGCAGCACGCAAGCCCCACCGGGCACGCGACAGCCACGCAGAAAACGCAAAAAACAACUUGUAAAACACAGUCCAGAUUAGAAGCGGGUAUAGUUUAAAAUCAGAAACAGUUUUUGUUGAGGAAAAAGAUCAUAUCUGCCUUCUCAGGCAGUAAGCGUGAGCGUUCUGGAGAGAGAGUGUCUCCUGCAUGGUUGAAAUCAAGUUGCAAUGAACAACAUCAUGUGGCUUCUUCUAAGUGGUGUUCGGCAGCGAUUUCUUUCUGAUCGGCAGUCAGGGCAUCGAAACAUUUAAUGGAAAUUUAAAAAUUCGAACCGUUCCGUGAAAAUCGGAGUAUUAGUCCCAGAUUCCAUCGAUGCUUGAUGCCCAACUCAACUCAUCAGACAAAAAUUUGUCUCGUCUUGCAUUCGCGUGAAAGCAUUCCAUGGGAUGCAGUUUGGGACAUAAUUCAGGAUUACCCUUCACACACACUGCUGAAAUGUUUUCUGCGCACUCAUACAUGCGAAAUGCUCGCACGUAUACAGGUGAGACACUCGCUUGCAUACAUGUGAAACAUUUUUUGCACACGCACACACAUUGUGAAAUCCGCGCACGCACAAAUAGAAGUGGGAACCUCUUGAUACCUCACGAUAUGUUACGAUUUGUGAUACAAAGCUCACGAUAACGAUCCGACGAUGUGGCGAUACAACGAUUGUCGAUACAUUGGUCAGGAAAUCAUUCUUGGAUAUUCUACAAACAACUAACAGAAAAACAAGCUUCUAGUAUGAAUUGGAAUUAGUUUAUCACUAGUAGACGUCCAAUCCAUUUGAACUGGGAGGGUGGCAGCGAAU